AAGUUUUUCAUCUCUUUCAUAUACCAUUAAUCAUUAUAAUUCUUCUGGAAUUUUUCAGUAAUAUACCAUUUGUGUGGUUGCAAGUUAGAGAUUGAUGCUUACCAAUACUAGAAACCCCUGGCUCUUCUCUGUUUUGUUUUUAAUCCUGUCUUACUAUAUAGCAUGCUUCUCUACUGCAGGUGAUACCCUUUCUGCAGCCGAGUCUCUUUCAGCGAGUGAGAGCCUAGUAUCCCAAGGUAGCAUUUUUGAACUCGGUUUCUUCAAACCAGGUACUUCUUCAAACAUCUACCUAGGAAUAUGGUAUAAGAAGUUUGAUGUCAAGGUCAAGGACAUAAGCGUUGUUUGGGUAGCAAAUAGAGAAAACCCUUUGACAGAACCAUCUUCUUCAAGACUUAAACUGUCAGAAGAUGGCAAUCUUAUCCUGCUUGACAGAUCCUCCAAGAAACCAUUUUGGUCAACAAAUUUGGCAUUUCCAAUGUCAAAUUCAACUGAAGCAAUAAUUGGUGAUGAUGGAAAUUUUGUUUUAAGAGACAAGUACAAUGUGUCUACUAUAUAUUGGGAGAGUUUUGAUCAUCCAACAGACACAUUGUUGCCGGGUGGAAAGCUUAGGAUUGAUAAGAUUACUGGAAAAUCAAAGCAGCUUAUUUCAUGGAAGAAUUCAGAAGAUCCUGCACCGGGUAUGUUCUCAUUUGGCUUAGACCCAAAUGAAGGCAGUCAAUAUAUCUCGGAGUGGAAUAGAUCCCAAAGUUAUUGGAGCAGUGGAAUUUGGAAUGGAAGAUUUUUCAACUUGGCUCCUGAGAUGACACAAAAUAGUAUCUUCAACUACAGUUUUGUGUCAAAUGAAAAUCAAAUCUAUUUUAGUUAUUCUCUUAAUAAUAGUACUUUUAUCCCUUCUAGGUUUGUCAUUAAUUUUUCAGGAAUGAUCCAGCAACAGAUGUGGUCGGACAGACCUUGCAUUUGGAAUACAUUUUGGUUUCAACCAAGACAAAAGUCCAAUGUCUAUGCUUUUUGUGGAGCAUUUGGCAUGUUUCAUGAAAAUGUAUCAAACCCUUGUCAAUGUCUACAAGGUUUUGAACCAUUUUCGGUUCAAGACACCAAACUAAAUGAUUGGUCAGGUGGUUGUGUGAGGAAAUCCCCUUUGCAAUGUGAGGAUAGUAUGAAUACAAACGGUGAAAGAGAUUGGUUCUUGAAAAAAUCAAAUGUGAGAUUGCCCGUAAAUUCAAAAGCAAAUCUUACAGGGAGUGCUACAACAUGUGAAUUGGCUUGCAUGAAAAAUUGUUCUUGUGCAGCUUAUGCUUAUAAUAGCAGCAGUGGGUGUAUGAUAUGGGAACGGGCUCUUUUGAACUUGCAGCAACUCUCAGAUGGUGGUGAGGCUGGACAAGAUAUCUAUCUCAGACUUUCUGCUUCUGAGCAUCAAAUUACUUCCCUUCAAGGCAACAAAUGGAAAGUAUGGGUCAUUGUAGGCGUGUCACUCCCUGCAACAGCACUUCUGUCAUGGCUCUGCAUUUGUUUUUUAAGCAAGGGAAAGGUCAAACCCAAAGGAGAAAAGGAUUCAAGCAAUGAUUUACGGUUAUUUGAUUUUAGUGCUGAAAUCCAUGCAAUUAAUGAUGGAUCAAAUACUAAAGAUUGUCUGAAGAAGAGAGGGAAGAAGGAUGUGGGGUUACCACUAUUCAGUUAUGAGAGUGUAUCAGCUGCAACUAAUAAUUUCUCAGAUGCAAAUAAACUUGGAGAAGGAGGUUUUGGACCUGUUUACAAGGGAAAAUUACUCAAGGGGCAGGAAAUUGCAGUGAAGAUGCUUUCAAAAAGAUCUGGACAGGGGCUUGAAGAAUUCAGAAAUGAGAUAACACUAAUAGCAAAACUCCAGCACAGAAAUCUAGUCAGACUCUUGGGUUGCUGUAUCGAGCUAGAUGAAAAUAUACUAAUAUAUGAAUACAUGUCUAAUAAAAGUCUGGAUUUCUUCCUUUUUGAUCCAACCAAGAAACAGAUGUUAGAUUGGAGGGCACGCUUUCACAUUAUUGAAGGGGUCGCUCAAGGGCUUCUAUAUCUUCAUCAUUAUUCAAGGGUACGAAUCAUACAUAGAGAUCUAAAACCCAGUAACAUUCUCUUGGAUAAUGAAAUGAAUCCGAAAAUAUCAGAUUUUGGCUUGGCUCGAAUAUUUGGAGCCAAUGAAACACAAGCAAACACAAACCGGAUUGUUGGAACUUAUGGGUACAUGUCUCCUGAAUAUGCUAUGGAGGGCCUCUUCUCUAUAAAGUCUGAUGUGUUUAGCUUUGGGGUACUACUUUUAGAGAUUGUGAGUGGAAAGAAGAAUACUGGUUUCUACAACAGCGCAUCACUCAAUCUUCUUGCAUAUGCUUGGGAGCUGUGGAGAUACGAUCGAAGUUUGGAAUUGAUGGAUCCAACAAUAGGAUAUCCUUCUUCCACUUCUAUUAUGUUGCGAUUUAUUAACAUAGGGCUUCUCUGUGUCCAAGAAAGCCUGAGUGAUAGACCUACCAUGUCUAAUGUGGUCUCAUGGCUUAGCAAUGAACAUGUUCCUCUACCUACACCCAAGCAACCUGCUUUUACCACUGGCCGGAAUAUGAUGGACACAAAUACAUCAACUACCAGCGCAGCAAAUUGCUCAAUAAACAAUAUUACUGUUUCUAUAAUGGAAGCUCGAUAACUAUUUGGUGUAUCAAAGUCAAAUUCAUUUUGUAAAAUCUAGUUUUUUUGUCUAAUUUUUAUGCAUA